CUGAAAGUGAAAUAGGGAGCUGGCUACCAGCGUUGAGUCCCCUGUAAAGCCAGCCCUACUAAAGGGCUUAACAGUACGCUUGACAAUGGCUUCAGCAGCACGCUUGACAAUGAUGUGGGAGGAGGUCACGUGCCCUAUCUGCCUGGACCCCUUCGUGGAGCCUGUGAGCAUCGAGUGUGGCCACAGCUUCUGCCAGGAAUGCAUCUCUCAGGUUGGGAAAGAUGGGGGCAGCGUCUGUCCUGUGUGCCGGCAGCACUUUCUGCUCAGGAAUCUCCGCCCCAAUCGACAACUAGCCAACAUGGUGGACAACCUUAGAGAAAUCAGCCAGGAAGCCAGAGAGGGUGCACAGGAGGAACAGUGUGCAGUGCAUGGAGAGAGACUUCACCUGUUCUGUGAGAAAGAUGGGAAGGCCCUUUGCUGGGUGUGUGCCCAAUCUCGGAAACACCGUGACCACACCAUGGUCCCUCUUGAGGAGGCUGCACAGGAGUACCAGGAGAAGCUCCAGGUGGCAUUAGGGGAACUGAGAAGAAAGCAGGAGUUGGCUGAGAAGUUGGAAGUGGAAAUUGCAAUGAAGAGAGCAGACUGGAAGAAAACGGUGGAGACACAGAAAUGUAGGAUUCACGCAGAGUUUGUGCAGCAAAAAAACUUCCUGGUUGAAGAAGAACAGAGGCAGCUGCAGGAGCUGGAGAAGGAUGAGAGGGAGCAGCUGAGAAUCCUAGGGGAGAAAGAGGCCGAACUGGCCCAACAGAGCCAGGCCCUGCAGGAGCUCAUCUCAGAGCUAGAGAGAAGGCGCCAGGGCUCAGCACUGGAACUGCUGCAGGAGGUGAUAAUUGUCCUGGAAAGGAGUGAGUCCUGGAACCUGAAGGGCCUGGAUAUUGCCUCUCCAGAACUCAGGAGUGUGUGCCAUGUGCCAGGGCUGAAGAAGAUGCUGAGGACAUGUGCAGUCCACAUCACUCUGGAUCCAGACACAGCCAAUCCAUGGCUCAUACUUUCAGAAGAUCGGAGACAAGUGAGGCUUGGAGACACCCAGCAGAGCAUACCUGGAAAUGAAGAGAGAUUUGAUAGUUAUCCUAUGGUCCUGGGUGCCCAGCACUUCCACUCUGGAAAACAUUACUGGGAGGUAGAUGUGACAGGAAAGGAGGCCUGGGACCUGGGUGUCUGCAGAGACUCUGUGCGCAGGAAGGGGCACUUUUUGCUUAGUUCCAAGAGUGGCUUCUGGACAAUUUGGUUGUGGAACAAACAAAAAUAUGAGGCUGGCACCUACCCCCAGACCCCCCUCCACCUUCAGGUGCCUCCAUGCCAAAUUGGGAUUUUCCUGGACUAUGAGGCCGGCAUGGUCUCCUUCUACAACAUCACUGACCAUGGCUCCCUCAUCUACUCCUUCUCUGAAUGUGCCUUUACAGGACCUCUGCGGCCCUUCUUCAGUCCUGGUUUCAAUGACGGAGGAAGAAACACAGCCCCUCUAACCCUCUGUCCACUGAAUAUUGGAUCACAAGGAUCCACUGACUAUUGAUGGCUUUCUCUGGACACUGCCAUUCUCCCCAUUGGCACCACUUCUCAGCCACAAACCCUGCCUAUUUUCCCCAUGAACUCUGAACCACCUUUCUCUCUGCAGAGGCAUCUGGAUCCCAGCAAGCGAGCUUUAGCAGGGAAGUCACUUCAUCAUCAACAUUCCUGCCCCAGAUGGCUUUGUGAUUCCCUCCUUAUAUUUGGCCCAAACUCAUCUUGAUCAACCAAAAACGUGUUUCUGCCUUCUUUAUGGGACUUAAGUUUUG